AAAUAUAUAAACUAAAGAGCCUUCAACCUCAAACCACUCCAAUCUAAAGCUUUUGCAAAGAAUGAAGAAGAUAACAAUGACUUCAUCCACUCUUCUCCAUCUCUUCCUUUUCUCCUCCCUCUUCUUCUCUUGGUUUCCAAAUGCCAAGCCACAAGGUGCUGAUAUUGAGGAUGAUUUUAGCUACAUUGAAGGGAGUCCUAAUGGUCCUGAAAACUGGGGAAAUAUUAAACCAGAGUAUGCGACCUGCGGCAAUGGCAAAGAGCAGUCACCCGUCGUUUUGUCUCGUGACUAUUUGCAAUUUAAUACAACUUUGGGGCCUUUGCAAAGAAGUUAUAAGGCCACAGAUGCAAUAUUGAAGAACCGUGGGUAUGAUAUAAUGUUGGGAUGGACGGGUGAUGCUGGUUCACUGGUGAUCAAUGAAACUGUGUACUAUCUUAAGCAAAUUCAUUGGCAUUCCCCUGCAGAGCAUGCCACUUUUGAUGGCACAAGAUAUGAGCUUGAGUCACACUUGGUUCAUGAGAGCGAAGACCAAAAGAUAGCAGUGAUUGGUAUUUUCCACAAACUUGGAUCUCCCGACCCUCUCCUCGCAGAGCUUGAAGACUAUAUCAAGCAGAUUAGCACAGCCCGUGAUUCUGAAGUAAAUGUUGGAGUUGUUGAUCCAAGUAUUAUUACUAUUCAAGACACUAUAUAUUAUAGAUACAUGGGCUCAUUAACCACCCCUCCUUGCACUGAAGGUGUCGUAUGGACCAUCACUAAUAAGUUUGGAUCUGUUUCACAAAGCCAAAUAGAUUUGCUGAAAGGGGCAGUGGAUAAUAGUGCUACAAACAAUUCAAGGCCAGUGCAACCUAUCAAUUCACGUAUCAUCUGGUUUUAUGUUCCUUCAAAAUCAGAUGCUUGAUCCCAUGCAAUAUGAUUAAGCUUCAAUGCUAGCUAUGUAUCUUAUUAUGUAUAAUAAAUGGGAAAUAAAUCUUUUGAUUUUAUUUCCAAAAUCUAUCUUAAUAUAAAUUAUAUUAUUCUGUUUUA